GCUGCGGGCCUCGGAGCGGCCACCAGUCUUGAGCUAUCGCCCGACGAGAGACUCACAGCACCUCUCCGCGCAGCAGCAGCCGAAGAAGCAGAGGACUCCGCUGUCAAGCAGGUCGCAGACAAGGCUUCGAAAAUUCCCGCAGGAAACUUGGGCGUGCAGAUGAACGCGGGGCUGGACGUGCUGCGGCGGCUGCCCGCCGAGGACGACAUCAUGGACGAGAUGACGGUGCCCAUGGCCAUGCCCAGGAAGCUGAGCCACGGCACCACGGACACCACGGACGACGGCUCCAGGGUGGUGGGCGAGAAGGUGCUCGCCAGGGGCGACUGGCUGCAGCUCUCACAGAUCACCUACAUCGACCCGGACGGCGUCAGCAGGCAGUGGGAGGGCUGCUCCCGCAUCAGCAGGAACCCCACCUCGCGCAUCGACUCGGUGCUGGUGAUCGCCUGGUACCGCCGGAUGCUGCACUACGACUGCGUGGUCCUCGUCAAGCAGUUCCGGCCCGCCCUCAGCAAGCACACCAUCGAGAUGCCCUCCGGCCUGGUGCUGGAGAACGAGACCCCGGAGCAGUCCGCGGAGCGCGAGCUGCUGGAGUGCACGGGCUUCUUCGGCGCGGCCCGCAAGGUGGGCCCCGUGCUGGCCGCCGACCCCGCCGUGGCGGGCGGCGCGCUCCGCAUCGUCACCGUGGAGGUCAACGGCGACGAGCCGGGCAACAACUUCAUCAACGCGCGCGCCGCCGGCGAGAGGCACAAGGUGCCCAUCCUGGUGCCCGUGUCCGAGCUGCUGGAGAAGCUCAGAGCGUUCGCGCAGGCCGGCUUCGUCAUCGACUCGAGGAUCGACGCCUUCGCCAUCGGCCUGGUCAUGGGCAACUCGGGUAGAAAGAUCGACCCCAACUACGCCGCCGUGGCUGCCACCACUGCGGCUCAGAACUGCCGACGACGGUGUUGACCCCACCCUCCCCGCUGAGCCGCCUUAACUGGUGUUGGGUUCGCGCGCGAGGGGCCCCGUUCGGCCCGGGAAGCAGUUUCGUUGCCGCCCAGCGGAGGAUCUCCAUUCCAUUUCCAGCCAAUAAAGGACCCAGUUCACCUCCCGCCAGAGAGCUAAAAUCAAUCAACCAGAAAAUUUAUCAAUAAAGUUGUAAUGGGGUUAUUUCAA